AUGUCUACCGAUAGACUCCUCCGAACAGUCUUGCAGCUCUACCAAGACGUCCACGAUGCUGCCAAGACGGAACAGAUCAUCGGCUCGACGACACACCUCCUCACUGAACUCACCAACCCUCUGAAUCUCGGCCUUCUCACGUCGCAAUUGUUGACGGCGCCAGCGGUAUGGUUCCAACCGGGUGGUAUUCGAACUUCUGUUCGGGUAAUAAGCAUAUACAACACUGCGGCCGCGCGCAUUCACAACUACGAGGUCGCCAAUCGCGAUCGGAAAGAACCCCACGAGGGUAGUGGUAUCCAUUGCGAAGAAUGGGCGCGCGCUGUUGUCAAGGGGGCGGACGAGCGAUCGAAACGAUGGCAGCACCUUUUGGUUCUGACUGGUGUUCUCAUGGGUAUGGAAUCCAGCAAUCGCCAGUCUUUGUCGCGUGGAAUGAGGAAUACCCUUGAGGAGGCGGUAGUGAUGGCGGCAAAUAUGGCACUCGAGACACGCGAAGAGGAUGGGCCUGUCGCAGGCGCAUCGAUAGUUAUGGCCUUGAACUUUGCCUUCCCAUUACUAUCCGAAUACCACAGGAGCCUCAUCAACUGUAACGCGCUGCUGCCUUUGAUUGUAUGGACAGUUACUGCCGAAGAGGGCCUCGCUCAUGGUCAAUUCCUGACGCCGAUAAGCGCCGAAACUAUCGAAUCCCCAGAACGUCUCCUUGCUUGGUCACCGAAUACACCAUCGUUCCGAUUCAUCCAAGAACUAGACAAGCGGCCUACGUUGGCAAACAUGGGACCGCUAGCGAAACUUGCUAGUUAUGCUGUUCAGCGAGCGACAGAUACGCAGGCGGUGAUCGCUGCGCAGGAUGCUCUUGUCGCUUUUAGCAACAACGUACUCGAUAUCUGGCGACUGAACCGCCUGAGCGAUAUCGACCCGGCACUGGAGGGCAAUGUGCUCACUCAGGAGACCCUCACAAGCACCUGGCCAGUCCUAUGGAACCUGCUCAGAAAGCUCAUGUUUGGGACUGUCGCUAUCCUACAAGCGAUUGUCUCACGAAGCCUUCUUGACCCGCGCAUGCUCAACGAUAUAGCCGCUCCCAUCAUUGCCGCGAAGUCCCUUCGCAUAUUGCGUAACAUCUUUUUCAUUUCCUCAAGAAACGGUAACAACGCGUUUCAAGUUUAUAAUUUCACAUACUUGACCUCAAUCGACUCCAUCUCUCGAAGCGCUCCUGCUUGCCACAUGUUCCUUCAGGAGUUCCGGCCAUCAGAGGAUGCAUCAACAUCCACUACAUAUCUGCAGAGAUCACUAGACUUGUUCUAUCUCAACCUCUCUGAACAUUUACCGCUCACUCUACCAACUGACGCCUGCGAUAACCUCAUAAUAAAGCCUGCGAUUGCAUACAUCUCCCACGAAGGACCGACAACACAAAACAUGGUCGAGAUUUUCGAAUCUGCACACAGCGCGAUUCUCUCAACCAUUUCUUGUCCUCAGCAUAGUCCUCUGACCAUCGAACUUACACCAUUUUACAUUGCUCUUCUCUUCAAUGCGUUCCCUCGUCACAUUUCAUCCCGUCAAUUUCGAGUGGCUUUCAAGACUGUUAUGCAGAUCGUGUCGCCUCCAUUCCCAAUUGCAGAGUUGGAGCCGUUCCUUUCAGAGACCUUGUUGGAGAUGCUCCGGGCUUCUAUAUCGACGGCAUCAACAGAACUUCUCCCACCAACUGCGGAUAUCGCGUCGCAAGCAGCGAUGGAAGAGACACAGGAAGUACGCUAUUCUCAGCAAAGUUCCCUCUCGUUAGCUCUAGUGGACUCCCUUCCACAUAUUCCACUUCCUUUGUUGGAAGAAUGGUUCACAAUUGCUGCUCAGGCCAUGAAUGAGAUCAAGGACCCUGCACUACGGGAACCCGUCAAGGAGCGGUUCUUGGAGAUUCUUGUUAGUGGAGAGUUGGACGUGGAGCGAGCAGCCACCGGAGUAGCUUGGUGGGGAACCCGAGGUGGCCGAGAACUCAUUCUCGGUGCGAGCGCGGAACCCCCCAUGAUGAGUGGUGCACUUCCUGGGCCUGAACGAACUAGCCGACUGUGA